AUGUCUGCCCUUCUGACAACCCUCGGCCUGCGCGCUGCCCCUGGCCAGGUGCCAGCCAACCAUGCUUCAGGAUUCCUGGUGGCAAAUUGGGUGUUCGCUUUUUGCUUAAUGAGCACUCGUGGCACGAAGAUGCGCCUGGGUCUGGAUAACAAUGUCCACCCGCGGGAGGACUUGACUAAGUACGGCGAAGCCGCUGUACAGUCGGGCAAAAUCAGUCGUCGCGCCCUGGAGAAGUUGAAGCGACAAGAGUCCGCACACGCCAACGCGCAGGAGGGAUAUCCUUUGUUUGUUGCGGCGAUCCUCGUUUCUCUGUACGCCGGUCUCCCCAAUGAGACGAUCAACACUAUUGGUGCAUGGUAUUCCGCUUCACGUCUCGCAUAUAGUCUGCUGUACUCCCAUGUCGAGUCCCGCUCGUGGAGUUACCUGCGCUCAGUGGCGUGGUGGUCCGGGAACAUCAGCUGCAUCUAUGGGCUGGUACAGGCCAGCAAGAAGCUGUAA